GUCUUUUUAGAAAGUUCUCUAUAUAUAUUUAUAGAUGAGAAAAAGCUCGCUGAUUAAUGUGAAGCGACGCGCCCGGGUCCAGGGCUCUUCCGGCGGCAAUAGGCGCCAGCUAGGUGGAUUAGUCUUGGUACUCCCUGUAAUGCAGGGUAGGUAGGUACAUUAGCAUUUCGACCCUUGUCCAUGUGAACUAUCAACCCAAUUGUACAUGAAUUCCAUCGUGCUUUGCGACCUGAGAUGGGAGGCUUCCUGUCCAAUCGAUGCUAGCCUGGGGCUCUUUUGCCAUGUCGUUAUUAUUCCCUUUCUUUGUUGUCCGUUCUUCUACGAACAUGAUUUUAACCUGCUCUCUCUAAUCUACUUCACCUUUUGUCAAGCCAAGCCAUUCUUACUUUUUUUUCUUCUCACCAUCUCAUUCUUCGAGCAACUGGUUGCUAGAAGCAGUGUACCUUUUUUUAAUAGUCUUCGUCUUCGUCUUCAUCUUCAUCUUCGAUUUUGAUAUUGAUUUUAUCUUCUCAUUCCUUCAGAAAUAGCAAAUAUGGUCGCCCCAAGACAGCCAUCGGUAGGCUUGCUGCUACCACCGGUUCUCAUCUCCUUUGUUGCGUUCGUGCUGGCAAUGAUCGCACUCCUGGCUGGGACCGGGCCGCAACAAGAGUCUCUAGAGCCUUACCACCUCAUUGCGGUUAAUCUAUCCAACUUUGGUCAAGAUCUCAUUGCGUCGUCGACAACGUCUGAUCCUAAGCCAACGGAGACGAGUGGUGGCAGUUUGUUCGAUGACAUCGCGGAUGACGUGCGCGGCCUUGGUCAGGACAUCACCGACGGCAUCAAUAAUCUCACAAACGGGGUCGCAGACAAGAUCACGGAGGAGCUUGGCAUUUCGGAGUGGUACAGCUUACAUAUCAUGAGUAUCUGUGAGGGAAUGUUCUCGCCGAAUGCAUCAGCUCCAGGCGCAUGGUAUAACAUGACCAACUGUACCACACAACAGCCACUGAGGCUAAACCUCAGUGCGAUUCUUGAUCAUGAGAUCAAAGCCGGGCCCUUGAACUUGAACAUCAAUCAAAUACCAAUUCCCGACUCGGUCCAAAAUGCCGUCGAUACCGUCAACGACGCGAUUCGUGCUUUGCUCGUUAUCUACGCACUAGCGAGCGGCCUCACGGGGCUGACCUUCCUGGUUAGCCUAGCGGUUGUGGUCCUCUUCCGGAAGAGAGUCCACAUGCUGAUUGUGUGGGCCAACAUGUCAAUUUCAGGUCUCGGAGCCUUGGUGCUUCUGAUUGGAAGUGCGGUCGUCACUUAUGUCAAUAACAAAGCCAUCAAGGAGAUUGACGACGCGGGCAAAGACGUAGGGAUCUCGGGUAUCCGAGGAUCCAAGUUCAUCACGCUUUCUUGGAUCUCUUUCGGCCUCAUGCUCUUCAUAUCGCUAUACUGGACUGUUGCGACGCUCAAGUACACGCAGAGAUGGAUCAUCAUUGCAGAUAGACCCCGGCUGCGCAGCAAAAAGAUCCUCCCAUAAGGCGUGGUACCGUCCCUGACUCAUGUUGGCGGGAGUGUGUCUGGCGCAGGAGAUUGUUUGAUAUGCAUCCUCUUGUGAGGGUGAUGAUAAUUAAUGCUACCUAAGGUUUCGGCGACAGCGGUUUUGAUUUUCGGGAGAAAGCAUUCCAUUCGAUAGACAGGCGGUGCAAACCUGGAUGAACAGAUUGGCAGGCACAAUGGUUCUCUUUUCACGGGGGGAAGGAAGCCAUCGCUGGCAACCCCUCAAUAUUUGUACUGGUGGAUGGCCUUGACACUAGCACUAAUUAAGGUAGUAGGUACCUAGAUAGGUAGCGAAUCACGUAUCUGGUAAUUAAUAGGCAGUUCAUACUUAAUGAAUGCAGACAUCCAUUUACAAAUUGUGCCAUGUG